GGUGACUUAGCUCCUUCGACGCAGCAGGGUCGUGUGCAAGGCGAAACUGUUCUGGAGCAGCAGCUGGCGGACCAGUCAAAAUUUGUUGCAGCCGAGAACUUCGAGAAUUUCUUCCUCACGCACCCUGCUUGGAAGGAUGGAGCGCUUUCUUUUGUUCCAAACGUGUCGAAUGCUGGCGACAGCGAAGAGCAUGCUGCAGGUGCAGCCGCUGCUAGUACUACACAAAGAGCUGCUAGUACUACUGCGCAUCAUGAUACUCCCACUCCUGUAGCUCCUCCGCAUAUCGUCGUUCCGAACCGCCGCAUAUCAAAUGCAAAAAUGUCUGGGUCUGGAAGAUUAGAACUUGUCAUGCUGUCUUUGGAUUCCGAAAAAAUCUGUAUUGCAUGACCAACAACAGGACUCCAGUUUAUGUUACGCGGACAGGGCAUUUCUCAUGCGGAAUUGGAAUAGGCAUCAGGAAGCCCUCUAAAAAUCUGUGAUGCUAGACCAUGCAUUACAUGCGUCAUGGAUCACACAAAAUAUGCAUCACAAAUCCCGGAAUCUUCCAGAUCCAGACAUUUUUGCAUUUGAUACCACAGACUCCUAGCAGAGCUGUACGUCGCUGCGCGGACGUGGCUUUCCCAAUACGGAGUGUUGUUCUUGUUUGAACACAGAAAGCCAAAGAGAGUUACGUCGUCUCGUCGCAGCAGGGCAAAUAUUGCUGCACAGACUAGGGCUACUACUUCUGGGUUGAUGGUGGCAAGAACAGCAUCGCCAGAAUCCUUUGAGCUUUUGCUCCUUAUCCACGGAUUCUACGAGAAAUAUCUUGCACCCGCAGGUACAAGUUCUUGUUCAACUAGCGCAGCAGCAGGAGCCACGCCGCAGCCAGGAAUGCGAGUGGAGGGAGGAGGUGGACUUCUAGAGGGCGACUACACGACUCGAGCAGGCCGGGAAGAAGUUGUGCAAAAAAUGUUGCUAUUUCUCCGCGAUCGCCACAGACCCAAAACAGUUCCUCAGCCCCCGACUGCCACACACGCACCCUCGUGGUGGUCGAGUGAGUCGAUUUUGCAGAGUGCCGCUACUUCUGCCCUGCUGCAGCUCUUCUUCGCGUUUGUCCUGGAACCAUUGCUAUUUGCGAGCACCACCCGAGAAAAAACCGCUUUACUCCACUCCAUCACGGUCAGUGGCGUUAUUCACGGAGCCAUGCAGACGCCGCGCGGAGAAGUACUGCCCCUGGGAGCCGGGGGCGAGACUGGUGGGUCAAAAGUGGUGAAGCAACUUGCGCGAACUUUCCUUCCCCGGGUUUCCAGGUGGGAGACGGGGCUGUUGUUACAAAAACUGUGGCCGCGCGCGGCGGCGGAAAUGACGAAGGUGCGAGAAAGUGUUCUGGAGGAGUUUUCGGGGCGGUAUGACACGGAGUUGAAGCUGCGAAGAAGGACCGCUGCUAGCGCCGCAGGGGCAGCAGGUGAAGAGGUGCCAUACAGUCCCGGGCGAGCUGCACCUACUGCGCCCCCUGCAGGCACCACC